UAUCGGACAGAUGAUUGUAUCAGUUCAGUUGGCUUGUCGUGAGUUAAUAGUUUCAGUGCAGCUAAUAUCACAGCGAACGUUCUGCAAAGGUUCUCUCAAAGCAAACGAUCCGGGAACGUUAACGUUAGUUAUAUUGGAGCUCUGGAUAUUAAUCAACCAACUUCAUAAUGCUUUUACUUCACUAUGCGCUGCACAACAACAACACAAAUCUGUCUGAUAUCCCAGGAAGAAGUGUCCGUCCAACUUUUGAUGAAAUGCUGUUUUCAAAGAUGGCCGACAGAAAGAGCAGCAGUGGUGUCGGCUCUCGUCAGACCGUAAAGAGGAAAGAAAGAGCAGAAAAUGAGGCAAAGAAAGAGGAGAAACCCCCUAAAGAAGGAGAGAAGCCUGAGGUGAAUGGAAAGAAGGAGGCGGUGGAGAACGGAGAGGCCGGUGCCGGUGCCGGAGUGGAGAAGGAAGGGAACGGAGAGAAACCGGAGCUGAUGGAGCUGCCGCCGUUCGAGAUCAUCACCGGGGAUCGCAUUGACCCGUUCUUCUACAAGUUCCAGUUCAAGAACGUCGAGUACUCGUCCGGCCGGAAUAAAACCUUCUUGUGCUACCUGGUGGACCAGGGCUCGGACAGCCUCCUCCGCGGAUACCUCGAGGACGAGCACGCGGGCGCCCACGCCGAGGACGCCUUCUUCCAGCAGGUCCUACCCAACUACGACCCAGCCUGCAAAUACACCAUCACCUGGUACAUGUCGUCCAGCCCGUGCGCGGCCUGCGCCGCGAAGCUGACGGAGAUCCUGAAGGCCAGGAAAAGCGUUCGCCUGUCGAUCUUCUCCGCGCGGCUCUUCGACUGGGAGGAGCCUGAGAUCCAGGCGGGGCUAAAGGCGCUAGCGGCCGCCGGCUGCAAACUGCGCAUGAUGAAGCCGCUGGAUUUCACCUACACCUGGGACACGUUCGUAGAGAACGACGAGCAGACGUUCACGCCGUGGGAGGACUGCCAGGAGAACUACGAGUACUAUCAGGAUAAACUGGCCGACAUCCUGCAGUGACGAUAAUGAAGUGCUAGUGGAAGAGAGAGUGUGUUUGUGUGUGUGAGAGAGAAACCCGUGCCAACCCUUCACUCUCUGCAUCCGCACGCGGAGAGGUAAACAUUACUGGAUGUUUCUGAAACACAAGAGUCCGCUCUACCUGAUGGAUUACUGUAGGACUGUGUGUUUUCUGCAGUAAUGGGAUUUAUACUUUUUAAUAAUUAAUUUUAUGUUUGAAUGAAAUCACUGCGUUUUGUUCAUGUUUACUUUGUUCAUGUUUAAUUCAUAUUUCAUACUGUUUUAUAUUCUGAGCUUGUGUUCUAAGAACUUUUUGCCAAUGUUCCCAUAAAGUUACGCUCACAAACGUUCAAAACAUCUAGUUUUUUUUAAUGUUUUUUCUUGGUUAUGUGAAUGUUAAGGAACAUCAUUCUUCAAACAUUAUGUGAACAUUAGUUUUGAACAUUCUGAAACAAUUACAAACAUUUAAACAACAUGACGAACAUGCGUUAGAAAUAAAACGCUUGUCUUUAACUUUGAGAGAACCUUGUCAGAACGUUCUCAGUUAGCUGAGUGGAACUUCAAUUUGACUUUAUUUAUCAUUUUAUAUUCACAUAUUCAUACUGAGCACUGUGAAAUGCAGGAGUUUUGUAUUUAUAAACUGCAAACUAAUCUUAAACUUGGGUUGCAGCUGGAUAUGAAAUAGUUGGGCAUUGGCAAGCAAUAAAUAAAUACACUAAAUGGUAAACGACCUUCACUGUUGUUAGAAAAACGAAUAAAACGUAUUGUUUUGGUG